UUCAUAUUUUCAUAAACUUCAUUCUGUCAAUCAAAAAAAUAUUCAUGAAAUUUAUGUAGUGCGAAAAAUUCUUGUUCAUAAGAAAUUUCUGAGUUUUUCAAAUACAUACUUCUGAAACAUGACUGUCGGAAACGAUGCUUUUGCUACAGUCAACAAGAGCGAUUACACGUGGCCCUAUCCGAAACCUCUAACGAAUAGGCCAUCGCAACCUCCUCAAAAGACUAAACCCAACAAUUAUUAUGUCGCCAAGUUGGUUGAACCAUAUUGUCACUGCGAUGCUCAUCUGUAUGAUCCUCAAAUGGGUAGAUACAGGAUGUUAGCCAAGAAGGAGAACAUGCUCUACAAGGAACUUGCGGAGCUGAACAAUCAGAUGGCUUUACUCUCCGGAGAAGUUCUAGACCAUCCUUGCGACACGGACGACGUUAAGAUGGAAACAAUAUACCAAACAGACUACACCAAGAGAGGACUGAAUUUGGUGAAGUAUAGGAAGCUCCAGGCCGAUAUAGAGUCACCUGUUGGGGUUCCAGUUAAAACAGAAGCUAUAGGUAUAGGACAAGGGUACAGGGAUCCACAUAUUUUCAGAUACCAUGCCUUUCCUAGACCUGCAAUUGACGUUUGUCCUACUGUCACUUUUAUUAGAACUCCCACAUUAGUAGAUGAGUGGUUUGCACCAAGGACUGGUAUGUCGGAAUACCAAGAUACCAUUGCUAAAACAGGAUUGGGUAUUAUCAAAAGCAAACAGCAAUACACUGAGCCCCUACCUUCAUCAAGACGAAGACAUGGAGAUCCUUGUCUGUAAUAGGACAAGCAAUUUCUUCGCAGUUAUUAUUUGUAUGAUCCCGAAUUCCAUAAACCUCUUUUGAUUGCUAUACCAUCAAAGGUCUAUCAUACGAGUUGAGUCUACGCCUAGUUUCCUAAUUAUUAUUAUCCAUCAGAUUUACCUAUAUUCAUUCAUCUAUCACAUAAGGAUGCUGUUGUAGCAGACUCAGACAUCAAAAUGAAGGGCAUGAUUGUGAUGUUUUAAACUCGUAAUACUAUUGGCAAUUACAUAAUGAUGACCUUCUCUGGGCCACUUGUAAUCUAAUUUCUGAAAAAUUAUCCACAAAAAAAUUUGAGGAUGGCGAUAUUCAAAUCAAGAAAGGCCAAUUACAAUGCAGAUCAUAAAUAAACAUUUCUUUAGAACUGUCAUUCCCUUAACCUUAAAUAUAUAUAUUCAUUUCAGAUUCUCAUAUUUCUUCAAAAUUUUUCUAAAUAAAUAAAUUUUCUAUGCUGA